CCAACUCCAUCUCAUAUAUAUAUCAUAUAUGUAUAUAGCUUUAAUUAGCUAAUUCUCUCAGUCUCAGCACUACUACUGUACUGCACAUACACACACCUAGCUAUAUAGAUUAUAUGGCAGCAGCAGCAGCAGCAGCUGCUUCAAGAAUCAGCAGUGGUGCAGCGGUACUACUAAUUAUUUGCAGGCUGUGGUUAGGUUUAGUAGCAAUAUUACUAUUGUCGUUUCAUCCUCAGCUUGUGCAUGGAAUCAAGAGAUGGCCUCGCGGAAGUUCCACUAGAUUCUAUGACUUCAAGGUGCAAAUGAAGCGAGUGACGAAGCUAUGCAACACCAAAAACAUAGUCACCAUUAAUGGCAUGUUCCCUGGACCUGUGGUGUAUGCUCAAGAAGAUGAUCGGGUUAUUGUUAAAGUCUCCAACCUCACACCUUAUAACGCUACAAUCCACUGGCACGGUGUCCGGCAGAGGCUAACGUGCUGGUCCGACGGGCCUUCCUACGUGACCCAGUGCCCAAUCCAGAGCGGGCAGAGCUUCAGCUACGAGUUCACCCUAAUUCAGCAGAAGGGCACCCUCUUCUGGCACGCUCACUUCUCAUGGCUUCGAGCCACUGUUUAUGGUGCUAUGGUUGUCUACCCCAAACCCGCCGUUCCAUACCCUUUUCCUUACCCCUAUCAGGAGCACAUUCUUAUUCUAGGGGAGUAUUGGGUGAGAGACAUAGCCCGACUAGAGCGAGCAGUUCUGGCGAGCGGAGGAGGGCCUCCUACUGCAGAUGCUUUCACCAUCAAUGGCCAUCCUGGUCCCAAUUAUAACUGCUCCUCCAAUGGCAAGCACUACAAAUCAUUUCAUUAUGUGUACAAGAUUGAUGUAGUUCCAGGGAAGACAUACCUGCUUAGACUGAUCAACGCAGGGAUGAACACAGAAAACUUCUUUGCAAUUGCUAGUCAUAAACUGACAAUUGUGGAAGCAGAUGCAGAGUACACGAAGCCAUACACCACAGACCAGGUCAUGCUGGGGCCUGGCCAGACACUAAAUGUUCUCGUCACUGCCAAUCAACCCAUAGCCAGAUAUUCCAUGUCCUUGGGCCCUUACAUGUCUGCACAAAAUGUACCCUUCCAGAACAUAACUUCCAUAGCCUAUUUCCACUACUUAGGCGCCACACCAAACAGCUUAUCUUUACCAGCUUCUCUUCCAACCUUCAACGACAAUUUCGCUGUUAAAACCGUGAUGGAUGGGCUUAGAGGGCUGGAUACUUCUUCACAAGUUCCGAAAGAAAUCGACAGAAACCUCUUUGUCACCAUCGGCGUCAAUGUCCAAAAGUGCAGCAGAAAGAACCCUAAGCAGAACUGCCAAGGGGUUAAUGGUGGGGUUAUGGCAGCUUCCAUGAACAACAUAAGUUUUAUGAGGCCUACUACCAUUUCGCUCUUAGAAGCUUACUACAAGGGCAUCGAUGGCUACUUUACAGACAACUUUCCCGAGUCACCCCUGAAGUUCUAUGAUUUUGUAUUUGGGGCACCUAAUAAUGCUCCCAAUGAUACCAACUCCAUGAAUGGAACUAGGGUUUUUGUGGUGGAGUAUGGAACUCGAAUCCAGCUAAUCUUGCAGGAUACUGGGACUGUUUCGACUGAAAACCAUCCUAUUCAUCUUCAUGGAUACAGCUUCUAUGUUGUGGGCUAUGGCAGCGGCAACUACAAUCCCGAUACGGCGAAACUCAAUAUAGUCGACCCGCCCUACAUGAACACCAUUGGAGUUCCUGUUGGUGGAUGGGCUGCAAUCAGAUUCAUCGCGGAUAAUCCAGGGGUUUGGUUUAUGCACUGCCAUUUGGACAUACAUUUAUCGUGGGGAUUGUCUGUGGUGUUCAUCGUCAAAAAUGGGGAAGGACCACUGGAAACCCUGCCCCAUCCUCCCGCUGAUUAUCCUCGCUGCUAAGAGUCCAGUCCAGUCCAGUCCAGCCCAAUCAAUAACGAUUUUAGUUAAUGAUGAGAUAAAUUAUUUUAAGAAAAAUGCAAGUGUGUAUUAAUUGGGAGUGAUUCUUUUCACAUGACAUGAUGAGUUGAGAAGAAUCUUUAUCAUUAAGUUUGUAAUUUCUACAUUCAUUUCUGUCUGUCUUUCCCCUAAAUUGACAGCAAUAAUCAUUGAAAUAUGUCUAUAUAUCUGUAUAUGAGCCAUGUUUAGUAUUGUGAAGAAACAA